AUGACCGAACCAAUAGGCCUAGCCUCCGGUUUGCUAGCGCUGGCAAUUGCAGCAUCUCGCUACACGAAACGGUCACAGGUUUUCGUUCGCAUCCGAAACGCUGUUGUCCUUGGUCCACUUGUCGACUUCGUUCUAGCAACGGCGGGCAUCGACCUUUCGGCACUGGAUCUCCCUCUUCUACGCUGUGGCAGUGCCUGCAAAGAGUUCCAACAUGAGCUCCUCCAAUGCUCAUCACGGUCAAGUAGCAAUCGGACAAAUUUUCGGGACAUCGCAGACCAAAUCACACACCCCGGGCGUCGAGAUCCCAGAGUCAACAUAUUUCAACCAGUCGAGAAUUGGAUCUGGGAUGGGAGGAAAGAAAAAUGGGUUUGUGUCCUCGAUAACGUCGAUAACGAGUUCCUUUGCUCGUUUUCGGUAGUGGGAAAGAACGAUACGAAGAAAGGUCUAACGAAUGCCUCGACCAAACCACUACUAGAAUACGUUCCUAGAAGCCGGCGUGGAUCUACCAUUAUCACGAGUCGAAGCAGAGAUAUUGCAUUAAGAAUGAUCGACCAUAAGGAUGUUAUUGAAGUGAAGCCGAUGGACGCGUUAGAGUCUAUACCGCUAGCAAUCCUAUAUUCGAAAUCGAGCGCCUCGCUAUUUGGUAGCACAAUAAGCGAUUUCCAAAAGAGUGAUCGGGAGGUGGCAAAGCUGCUGAGAACAGAGGUCGGUUACGCCUACCGGAACUGGGAAGCGAAGAACUUAAUUCUAGUAACGUGGCAAAUAUCAUUCGAUUAUAUCCGCCAAACGAAGCCAUCUACUGCAGAGUUGCUUUCCCUUAAGAGCUUUUUUGAUCGGCAAGGAAUACUUAAGAACCUCGCCGACGACAUAUCAAGUUCAGAGCUCCGGAAUGACUCUAGUGACGGGGAAACGUCUAAAUCAGAUAUCGGUCCUAAUUUUGAGGACGAUGUCACUACGCUCCGGGAUUAUUCAUUUAUAUCUGUCAGUGAGGACAGCAUAUUGUUUAUGAUGCAUCGGUUGGUGCAACUGUCUAUAUAUAUAUGA